GCCGUUGCAACGGAGACGGACUUCUGGAGCGUGGAAGGACACUGCAAGAAAUAAUCAUGUUUAGGGUUUUAUUCCGAGCUGUAUCUGCGGCUGGGAGUCCCUCGGUCAGUGUUUAUGAGUCGUGUGUGUUUGCAGCUAAAUGUGACAAAGCGACAGCUCCAGUUUUCAGGUUUGCAAAUAGAGGCGGGGUAAAGACUCUCAGGACUAGCGCUGUCCAUUUAUGUGAUAAGAAAGACAGUGACGCCCCCUCUAUUCACAAUGAAACGACAGAUUCAGAGAAAAAGGGUGACUCAGUUAAUACAGACCAACCAAAGAUGACAGAACAACAGGAGGAGCCGAUGGUGUUAAAGGCAGUGGAUGAGAGUGCCACAGCACAGCAGGUGGAGGAUAAAAAAGAAGAAAUUGUGAUGAAACAAACACAAGUCAAGACUGAGGCAGUGAAGAGCGGCAAGGAGAAUCUCCUGGACCUUCUUGGAGCCAUGAAGGUGGAAGUCACCAGCAAGAGGAAGCUGAAAUCCCUGAGGAUAACUCAAACUCCAGUGGCAUCCGCACAGCAAAAGUCCAAGCCAGCUAUGGAGAGCACCAUCAGUAUGUUUCAGCAGGCGACGGGGGAGGCUUCAUUGAACAGUGAGAGCUUGGAUCCAAGUCUAGUCUCAGCAGCGUCUGCAGCCGCUUCAACCCUCCCGAACCAGAAAAAGGCCGAGUCAGAGCUGCUCAAACAGCUGCUGAAGCGUAAGGCCAUGGCCGACGCUCAGAAGAAAGGGGACGUGAACGAUCUUGGAGAGAUUAUUGCUGACAUGAAAGUUGGAAGGAGCCCCAACCGACAGAACACCUCACCAGCUGGGCAGAUCCUGUUUGAUGACGACGGUCGAGGAUACAUGCCGACCAGAGGAAUCACUUCUGAGCUGGCCAGUGUUCAGAGACGGAGGAGUUUGUUCUCUGGAAAAAGACUUGGCAUCUUUUCUCCUCCAACCGAUGAAGAUGCUGUUGAAUCAACAGAUGCUGAGCCAACUCUGUGGGACGUAGACUUUGCACACCAGUUGUCCCUAUCAACCAACCAGCUGCCUCGCAAUGGGAUUGAGGAAAUGAUCCAGUGGACUAAAGAGGGCAAAAUGUGGCUGUACCCAAUCGAUAAUGAAGCUGGUCUCGAGGAAGAAGCCAGCGUCCCGUUCCACGAGCACAUAUUCUUAGAGAAGCACCUGGAGGAGGGCUUCCCCCGACAGGGGCCGGUGCGUCACUUCAUGGAGCUGGUGGUGGCCGGUCUGUCCAAAAACCCUUACCUCACCGUGCAGCAGAAGAAGGAGCACAUUUCUUGGUUCAGAGACUACUUCAAUCAGAAAGAGGAAGUCCUCAAGGAAGCUGACGUUUACCUAAAUUAAACUAAAGAUGGUGUAUUGGAGCUUUCUGAAUUUGCUGGAUGUGGAUUCAU